AUGAGCUUCGUCAAGCUAUUGUGGCCAUGAUGAAUAGAAAGGAUGAACUGGAAGAACAAAAUAGAUCUCUGAGAAAUCUGCUUGAUGGAGAGAUGGAACACUCUGCAGCACUAAGGCAGGAGAUGGACAACUGGAGAAGGAAAGUAGCAGAACAGGAAGAGCGACAUGCCACGAAAGUCCAAGCCUUGGCACGAGAAAAUGAGGUGCUAAAAGUGCAACUUAAGAAGUAUGUGGGAGCUGUCCAGAUGCUCAGAAGAGAAGGUCAAACAGUGGAAGUUCUACCAAACAUUUGGAGCACUGAUGGUGAAUUUACUAUUCCAGAGCAAAAGCAAGUAGAAAACAAUGAGGAAUUGGCCAGCUCAUAUGAAAGAAAAUUGAUUGAGGGUACACAUUUAUACUUUGAUAUUAAAAUGGAAGUUUUUACAAACAAGUUGCUUAAGGCUAUAAUGGAUGGUGGUGAAGUUGAAAGCGUCACAGACAAUAGGUUUCAG